GCGGGGCGGGGCGAGGCGACGGGGGCAAGAUGGCGGCUUCCGCUCGGUGCUCCCGGCUCCCCUGCAGGGCCCUCCUGACUCCUCCGAGGGCGGGCUAUGGUGCUUCUGCAGCUGCAUUUCCUGUACUCCAGCAAGACCGUCAGGUUCAUCACUCGGUGAUUCCUCAUGGAAGGAGUGGGCGCUCCUCUGUCAGUGGCAUUGCGGCCACUGUCUUUGGGGCUACAGGCUUCCUGGGACGAUACGUUGUCAAUCGCCUGGGGCGUAUUGGCUCCCAAGUCAUCGUCCCAUAUCGCUGUGAGCCUUAUGAUAUCAUGUACCUUCGACCCAUGGGUGACCUGGGACAGCUCCUGUUCAUGGAAUGGGAUCCGCGUGACAAAGAUUCUACCCGAAGAGCUCUUGAGCACAGCAAUGUAGUCAUCAAUCUUGUUGGCAAAGAGUGGGAAACAAGUCACUUUAAGUACGAAGACGUCUUUGUUAAUAUUCCCAGGGAAAUUGCUCAGCUCUCAAAGCAAGCUGGGAUAGAAACUUUUGUUCACAUUUCUCAUCUGAAUGCAGACGUGAAAAGUCCUUCAAAAUACCUUAGAAAUAAAGCCAUUGGAGAGAAGAUUGUGAGGGAAGAAUUUCCAGAUGCCAUCAUCAUGAAGCCUUCUGAAAUGUACGGGAGAGAGGAUAGGUUUUUCAACCAUUAUGCAAACAUGCGCUGGUUUUGGGGCGUGCCUAUGAUUGCUAUGGGCAAGAAAACUGUGAAGCAGCCUAUCUAUGUUGUUGAUGUAGCAAAGGCUAUAAUUAGUGCUAUUAAGGACCCCGACUCAAAAGGAAAAACUUAUGCAUUGACUGGCCCUAACAGAUACCUUCUUCACGACGUGGUAGAAUAUGCUUAUGCAGUACUCCACAGAAGUUUCUUUCCAUAUCCUAUGCCCCGUCCUCUGUAUCACUUACUUGCAAGAUUGUUUGAGAUAAAUCCUUUUGAGCCAUGGAUAACAAGGGACAAAGUGGAUCGGUUCCAUACCACAGAUAUGAGGUUCCCUGAUCUUCCUGGCUUGGAGGACUUGGGUAUUGUCCCAACUCCUAUAGAACAGAAAGCAAUUGAAGUCUUGCGUCGCCACCGCACAUUCCGCUGGCUGGAAGCUGAGCUUGAGGAAGCAAAAAUAGUCAAGCCUGUUACCGACAUGUAAUCUACUUUGAGAGUUUUUCAGACUGGUUACACUGAACUCAUUUCUGAAGAAAUCUGUACAUACAAAGCUAAAACCCUAUAUAAAUCAUGUAACCUUUACAA